AUGUCUUAUACCGAGCCAAAGGCUCCUAUCAACACAGGCGAGGCCGAAAAUGGUCACACCUACGAUGGCUCGGGCACCGAAGAUGACCCAUUCGUUGUGGAGUUCCAAAAAGACGACCCCGGCAAUCCGAUGAACUGGGGUCAGUCCCGUAAAUGGUUCAUUGCAGCCAUUGCGACCCUCUCGGUCUUCGCCGUUACGUUUACCUCCUCCGCAUACUCGGUAUCGGCAAUUGAAGUCUUCAAGGACUUUGACAUCAGCACGGAGGUCUUCAUUGUCGGGCUUUCUCUCUUUGUGCUCGGGUUUGCGAUUGGCCCUGCCGUAUGGGGUCCUUUGGUAAGUCCUUUAACCACCUUGUCACUUCGAUGGAUCCCAGCUAACCAUAUGUUAUUUCACAGUACGUUUCGAUGGUCCGAACUAUACGGAAGACAGAUUCUGUGGAUUAUCACUCAUAUCGCCAUGGUCGCUUUUCUAGGCGGAUCCGCAGGCAGCCAAAACGUGGCCACCCUCCUCAUCUUGAGAUUCUUUGCCGGCACAUUUGGUGGCUCGCCUCUCGUCAACUCUGGUGGAACAAUUGCUGAUCUCUUCCCACCUGCUCAGCGUGGUCUGGCAUUAACCAUCUAUUGUGUUGCGCCCUUUCUCGGUCCCAUUUUGGGGCCAAUCGUGGGCGGAUUCGUGUCUGAGAGCGUCGGGUGGAGAUGGGUCCAGGGUGUCUGCGUGAUCUUCAUUGGCGUGGUCGGCAUUCUGGGAAUCGUCUUCAUUCCUGAGACAUAUGGCCCGGUGUUGCUUCAGCGACGGACACGUCAACUGGCCAAAGCCGAUGGCAAGAUCUACGUGAGCGUUUUGGAAAAGAACCAAGGGAAGAAGCUGCCGUCGGAAGUCUUCAAGCGUGCUUUGUUCCGUCCUGGAUCUUCUUUCUACAUGUUCAUGGGUGCCAUGCCCAUCGUGUACAAUGAAGACCGUGGUUGGAGCGUGGGCAUCGGCGGACUGGCGUUCUUGGGAAUUGCUGUUGGCAUCAUCUUUGGCCUUGUCUAUGCCAUCUGGGACAACAACAGCCGCUACAUGAAGCUCUUUGCGGCAAAAUCUGCAACCCCCCGAAUCCCGCCUGCCACCUGCAAUUGUUGGAGCAUACACUGGUCUGUCAGUAUCAUUCUAUCUGCACCAUUUGGAUUCGGGUGUGUGCUGGUAAUCCUGCCAAUCAUGAACUAUUUGAUCGACACUUACACCAUCUAUGCGGCCUCUGUCCUGGCAGCAGCUGCCAUCUUCCGCUCGGUCGUAGGCGCUGUGUUUCCUCUUUUCACGACACAGAUGUACCACAAUUUAGGAAUUCACUGGGCUUCCUCUAUUCCGGCAUUCUUGACUCUUCUGUGCAUGCCAUUCCCGUUGAUCAUGUAUCGCUACGGUGAAGCGGUCCGGAUGAAGUGCAAGUACUCAUUCGAAGCGGCAGAGAUGAUGAGGAAGAUGCAAUUGCAGCAAACAGCUGCUGAUACUACUACAGAGAAAGACAAGGACUCAUCUUCUGAGUGA